UAAGUCUCAUAUUUAACGUACACUGUUUACUGGUUAUGGGUUUUCAUGUUUACAAGUCUAUUGAAGUUAUUAUAGUUGUACAAUAACGCGGCAGAAAUAACUCGACCAAGUAAAUAUGUGAUAGAACACUGUGUGGGAUUGAACAUAUUCAAAAUUAUAUGAAUUAAUAUCCAAAAAAUCCACCUUGUCUAUAUACAGGACAUACUAUAUGCGUGGACCAGAAUAAAUGGGGGUUAAAAAUCCAUCUGGUCCAUACGGAAGGUCAUGAAACAACAAUGUGCAUCAACUUGAAUAGAUAGGACUUAAAAGUUCACCGAUUCAGUACGGAAAGAAAUGAAAUAAUAUAUGUGAUCGAAUAUUCGAAUAGGGACCGGUAUUACAGACGACAUGAGCUACCGAUUCGACGCCGGUGGUUCGAAUGGGACACAGACUAAUAGCGACAAUGAAGAUUUCGGCGAUACCAGUUUUGAGUCCCAACCCUUGCUGAACGCACCAGAGGACCACCGUCGGACCAGGCCUAGAACCCCAGCAAUGACAAAGGAAACCGACCUGGAGGAGGCCAGGCCAAAGCAGACGGCGAGGAUCACAGGUCGCAGACUGUUCACUGUGUGCAGCAUACUGGUGACGGAACUAUGCGAGCGACUCACGUACUAUAGCGUGGUGGCCAACAUGGUGCUGUUCUGCACCGACAAGCUCAAGAUUUCCAGCGACAGUGCUUCGGUCAUCACGCUCGUUUUUUCAGGGACGGUAAUGUGCAUUCCCGUGGUGGGAGGAAUUAUCGCUGAUUCUUUCGCUGGCAAAUACAACACCAUUCUUGGGGCUGGACUGAUCUAUAUACUUGGCCUGUUUCUACUGCCGGCAUCGGCCAUAGACUAUAGGAAAUGGUUUGGAGGAGACGAAGACAUGAGCUUAGGGACAAGGAAAACCUAUUUUUUCGUGGGUCUGGUGUUUGUUGCCAUAGGGACGGGUGGAAUCAAAGCCAAUGUGGGUCCAUUUGGGGCUGAGCAGAUCAAAGAUCUAGGCCCCGAUGCAGUCCAGUCGUUUUUCAACUGGUUCUACUGGUUUAUCAAUGCCGGAGCCGUGGUGGCCUACUCAGGUGUGGCAUACGUGCAGCAAGAAGUAGGCUUUGACUACGGCUUCCUGAUUCCCCUUCUCAGUAUGCUUUUGGCGAUCGUGAUCUUCAUGAUUGCCAAACAAAAAUAUAUCCACCAACCAACAGAUGGUAGCAUUGUGGCUCAGUCUUGUGGGGUGUGCUGUCAGAGUAUCAACAAGUGCAAGAACCCUUCCUGGCGCAACGCACUGAAAGAGAACGGUGGUUCGUACGACCAUCCGAUGGUGGAAGGCGUGAAAGCCGUCCUCAAGGUCCUACCAGUCUUCGGAAUUGUCAUUAUCUACUGGGCAGUAUACUCACAGAUGAGUACGUCUUUGUUCCUACAAAGCGAGAGGAUGGACAUCACCGUGAACGGCGCAAAACUGCCCGCAGCCAUUCUGAACAUCUUCAAUACGCUCAUUAUUCUGGUGAUGAUUCCCAUCAUGGACAGGAUCGUGUACCCCACACUGGCCAAGUACGGCAAAAGUCCAACACAUCUCCAGAGAAUGGGUAUUGGCAUAUUUUUGGUUGCGUUAUCGAUGGUGUACGCCGGCAUUAUAGAAAUCAUACGAAAGAAAGACAUGGAAAACCACGGUUUUAUCUCCCAGGAGCUGUCGGGCUCAACAUUCAAUGCUUCUAAAAUCUCCAUGUUCGCACAGGUUCCGGAGUUUGCUUUGAUUGGAGGCAGUGAGGUGUUCGCCAGUAUUUCUGGUUUGGAAUUUGCUUACACCCAAGCCCCCGAGUUUAUGCAAGGUCUCAUUAUGGGAUUGUUCUUGAUGACCUCAGGGAUUGGAAGCUAUGUGGCCUCACUGAUUGUCACCAUUGUGCAGUCAUGGCGUACCAGUGAAUCCUCGGACUGGUUUCCGGAAGAAGCAAACGAUGGCCACAUGGAGUACAUGCUGUUCUUGCUAGCCGUUCUCUCCUUACUUAGCCUGGUGGCCUUCAUCUUUGUGGCGAAAUGGUACAAAUACAAGCAGCCACACUUCGAGGGGGAGACGGUGGUGCUGCCCCCGCCUUACGAAAACCAGUCUUACGAGUCCUAUGACACUAAAGUGUCUGCUGCAUUGGGCAAGAAACAAUGGCCGCCAGAAUUUGAUGAAACAUCGCGACUGUAACAUAAUGCAUGUGUGGAAGAUAAAACAAUGUGGAAAUAUGGUUGCGCACAGAUAUUCCAUUUUCAUCAUUUACAUAGAUUCAAGUUCAAGUUCGAAGUAGGGGCCUCACGUUUGAAGAAAGGUCAUUUACUGGCUAAUUGAAGUAUGCAAACUAUACUAGUAUUGUAGUUAAUGUAUUGGGUACAUUAACUUAUAAUGAUUUCAAAUAUAUACCAUUGCAAAUGCGUUAUUUUGAUAUUGAUAAUAAUAGAUAUCAUUGAGACAUACAUCUAUUAUUUUACUAUAUAUGAAUAACAUGACGAUAUUUUGUGAAACUUAAAUUUCACGAUUAAGUGAUAACUGAUUAGUGAAUUGUAUGAUAUAUUAUAUAGCAUGCUGUUUCUUUACUUUAUUUUGUAUUUAGAUUACAUUUGUGCUCAUCAUUUCAGCGUGAUAAAAUACACUUUUGCAGACAAUGUAGUUGUGCUAGAAAUGUGCAUAAUAUUGUUUAAUAUGUCAAUGCGAUACGAUAAUCAGUUGUAUGACUGUAUUGUUCUUGUUUUAUAAUGCCGUAGUUAUAACGUUUUUGUUGUAAUGUUCCUGGACUGUUCUUUUUUAUUUGAUGAUUUUCAGCAGUUUAUUAUGUUUAACAGAAAAGUUAACAAAUUAUGUUGAUUCUUGUAAUAUUUUUGAUGCAUAUCUGUAUUGGAUGUAUUUGCUUAAUAAAUAUAUGCAGUCAUAA